CAGAGUGCAGGAGCUGUCCCUCACACUUCUGUACUGUAUUUGAUAUGUAGAACAGGCUGGUCGGCAGGCAGGCAGACUGCCACAGGUCCUGCUUGAGCAUGUAAGGGAAGGGACAGACCUUAGCAUGCUGUGCUCAGAAACUCCAUCCUAGCAACAGGCAUGCAGUGACCGAAUAUCUCUAAGAAGCUGUAAGCCAUUCGAACAAUAAUGCUGUAAACAUGGAAACAUUCACCUGGCAGCCAAGGAUUAAUGAGAUGAAUGGACAUGGUGUCACUUCGACAACAGCUCGCUUCCCAAGCUGGGUUACAUUUGAUGACGGAGAUCCUGGGUGCUCAGUAUCACAGACGCAGUCGGACAAGAAGCUGGAGAUUGUACAAGCAAAACUUGCUCAUGAUGCAAACAGUAAUGUUUUACAGAUCUCACAAACACAACUCACUCAGAAUACCAACAGUAUUGCUGUGCCCAUGCGAAAACGUCAGAGGCCAAAGAGCACAUUGGUGAAUUUUAAUAAAGAACCGAAAAUUAAUAUUUUUACAAGAAACAAGUCUUUCUCAGACACUCAGUCCAAAACAAAAAACACUAAUCCCUUUCUUGAUGAAUCAUUGAGAGAUGUGAAGCCUUCUCCUAUUAAUCCAUUCAGUUGCUAUUUCAAGGAAGAGAAAGAGGAGUUUACAGAGAUAUCAUCAUCUUCAAUUGAUGACUCAUUCUUUGAGGGCUGUAAAGACCAUCCUGCCCACAAUUUACAGCCUACUUGUGUGCAGAUUGUAAAGCAACGAGAUUCCCUAAUUUUUGACUGUACUUCUUCUGAUUCUAUCAGUAACAGUAGUCACUGCAACACAAUUUCCCAGGAUGAUGCCAUAGAACAGCUGAAGCAGCUCCACAUAACAGAUUCCAUUCAACCUAAUAGCCCAACUUUGUCAAAUGAAUCUUUGACUUUCACAGAUGAGCCCAGUGGUGUUUCUUUAAUAUUUCCUCAGACUGAAUCCAAAGAUGGAUGGCCACUGAUGCUCAGAAUACCAGAAAAAAAGAAUAUUAUGUCAUCCCGGCACUGGGGACCUAUUUAUGUGAAGUUGACAGAUGCUGGGUGUCUACACCUGUUCUAUGAAAAGGGUCUUCAGAAGCCCUUCAGAGAAAUUCAGCUAGAUAUCAAUCAUGAGAUCUCAGAACCCCGACUUCAGAACUUUGAUGACAAUGGCAGAAUACACACAGUGAGGAUUGACUAUGUCACUUACAAAGAGAAAAAGAGGUAUCAGCCAAAACCUGCUGUCACUCAUAUAGCAGUCAAGGAGCAAAUCAUUAAAUUGGGAACUGUUAAUUAUAAAGAUUUUAUCAGUUUUAUUGUUACUAUUCAAGACAGGUUAAUGCACCUGCCAGUAGACUCAGAAAUUUGUGCAUCGGGUAUCAUUCACUUAGAAGAAGAAAUCACGGUUGAUGUAAAGGAUGAGUUUCAUGGCAUUGUAACCAAAGAUGAUAAUAAAAUUGUUCAACAUUCUGUGAUAACUCAUAUCCAUGUGCUAAGUUUCCUUUCAGGGGACCCUGAAUGCCGACUUGGUCUUAAUGAUGUCCUAAUUAAAGGGAAUGAAAUUGUCUCAAGACAUGAUAUUAUGCCUACUACUACCACCAAGUGGAUUAAAUUGCACAACUGCCAGUUUCACAGUUCAGUGGAUGAAGAAACUUAUAACAACUCCAGACAAAUUAUUUUCAGCCCUUUAGAUUCUUGCAGAUAUGAGCUGAUGCGUUUCAGAACCAUUUUUGCAGAAAAAACUCUACCAUUUACGUUGAGAACAGUGGUGAGUAUUACAGGGGCAGAGGUAGAACUGCAGUCCUGGCUUGUGAUGUCAUCAGGAUUUUCAUCUAAUCGAAAUCCCCUUACACAGGUUCCAUGCGAGAAUGUGAUGAUUCGUUACCCAAUACCACCUGAGUGGGUUAAAAACUUUCGAAGAGACAGCAUGAUGGGGGAAAAAUCUUUAAAAGCUAAAAUGAACAGGGGUGCUAGUUUUGGUAGCACCAGCACCUCUGGCUGUGAACUAGUUAUGAGGGUAACUCUUGGAACUGCCAAAUAUGAAUCUGCCUUCAGUGCCAUUGUAUGGAGAAUAAACAGACUCCCAGAUAAAAACUCAGGUGAGUGUCAGAAUCUUUUAAUUUGA